GAGAUUUAAAGGGACUCACUGGGAACUGUGUCUUGUAACUCCCUUCAACUCCCUGCUCCUGUGUCCCUGACAUUCCCAUCCCCCGCACUCACAUCUCCAGCCUCAUCUACUGGCCCUCCCCCUCCUGCACAGAACACGAGGCUAAUGCAGAGGAAAGGAAUGAGCUGAGAGCAGCGGAACUGCAACUUCUUACUGACCUGCUGCUUCCCCUAGAUGCAGAAGAUCCCAGAGCAGCAUUAAGCAGCAGAGGUUCCAAGUAAGAGAAUCCAGGGAUUUCUGGGAUUCCUUAGAUCCAGCCAAGGAGCCGUUACAGGUGCAGGACAUAGAAUAAAGCAGAGACACCGUGUGACUCAGGAAUAGGAUAUCAGGUCUCUCAGCAAACCAAAUAGCAGCAGAUCUUCUUGUCUGUCAGUUACAACAAGUCGUAAGACAAAAGAGGCCGAGGUGCAACUUUGUAGCACAAUGGAAUGUGAGCAGCAAGACAACAGUCUUACAGGACAUCAGAAGGUUAUCAAAGAAGAGAAACCUUUCCCUUAUGAAGAAUAUGGCAAAGUCUUCUCUUCAAAUGUGACACUUCUUAUACAUCACACAGAGGAGAAACCAGUUUCCUCUAAUGAAUGUGGCAAAGGCUUUUCUACAAAGCAGAACCUCAAAACUCUGCAAACAGUUCACACAGGGGAGAAACCCUUCACAUGCACAGAUUGUGGCAAAGGAUUUUACAGAAAAUAUCACCUCAAAUGUCACCAAAGAGUUCACACAGGGGAGAAACCCUUCAUGUGCAUUGAAUGUGGAAAAGGGUUUUCUACAAAGCAACAGCAUAAAAUUCACCACAUGACUCACACAGGGGAGAAACCCUUCACAUGUACAGAAUGCAGCAAAGGCUUUUAUACAAAACGCGAUCUCAAAAUUCACCAGACAGUUCACACAGGGGAGAAACCCUUCACAUGCACAGAAUGCGCCAAAUGCUUUUCUACAAACAAGACACUCAAAAUUCACCAGAGAGUUCACACAGGGGAGAAAUCAUUUUCCUGUAAUGAAUGUGGCAAAGGAUUUUGUACAAACCAUAGGCUUAAAAUUCACCACAUAGUUCACACAGGGGAGAAACCUUUCACAUGUACAGAUUGUGGCAAAGGAUUUUACAGAAAACAUGAUCUCAAAAUUCACCAAACAGUUCACACAGGGGAGAAACCCUUCAUGUGCACUGAAUGUGGAAAAGGGUUUUCUACAAAGCAACAGCAUAAAAUUCACCUCAUGAUUCACACAGGGGAGAAACCCUUCCCAUGUACAGAAUGCAGCAAAGGCUUUUAUACAAAACGUGAUCUCAAAAUUCACCAGACAAUUCACACAGGGGAGAAACCCUUCACAUGCACAGAAUGCGCCAAAGGAUUUUCUACAAUACGUCAGCUCAAAGUUCACCAUAGAGUUCACACAGAGGAGAAACCAUUCACAUGCACAGAAUGUGGCAAAGGAUUUCCUAUAAAGCAGAACCUCAAAAUUCACCUAGCAGUUCACACAAGGGAAAACCCCUUUAUGUGUACAAAAUGUGGAAAAUGCCUUUCUACAAAGCAAAAGCUGAAUCUUCACCACAUGACUCACACAGGGGAGAAACCAUUCACAUGUACAGAAUGUGGGAAAAGAUUUUCUAGAAAUGAUCAUCUCAAAAUUCACCUGACUGUUCAUACGGGGGAGAAGCCUUUCACAUGCACAGAAUGUGGCAAAGGCUUUUCUAUAAAACAAAACCUCAAACUUCACCACAUGACUCACACAGUGGAGAAACCCUUCACAUGCACAGAAUGCAGCAAAGUCUUUUCUACAAAACGUGAUCUCGAAAUUCACCAGACAAUGCACACAGGGGAGAAACCCUUCACAUGCACAGAAUGCAGUAAAGGAUUUUCUACAAAGCACAAGCUCAGUAUUCACCAGAGAGUUCACACAGGGGAGAAACCAUUCUCGUGCACUGAAUGCGGCAAAGGUUUUUCUAGAAUGGAUCAUCUCAAAAUUCACCAAACUGUUCAUACGGGGGAAAAACCAUUCACAUGUACAGAAUGCAGCAAAGGCUUUUCUAGAAAGGAUCAACUCAAAAUUCACCAAACUGUUCAUACGGGGGAGAAACCUUUCACAUGUACAGAAUGUGGCAAAGGCUUUUCUAUAAAGCAAAACCUCAAAAAGCACCAGAUGACUCAUACAGGGAAGAAACCCUUAAUGUGUUAUCCUAAACAAUAUUCAAGCAUCCCUGAAUAAAUAGCUGUAAUUAAUUCUGGGUUAUUUGUAUCCUGCACUGCAGCUUUUGUUUUGUAACAAUAUAGCAGAAUUCUACUGUAUGAGGUGCAGUUUGUUUACACAGAUAAAAAAAGACCCAAUAAUUAUAUAAAAUACCUAUUUUGAUAGAGUACAAAAUCUGUUUUGUGCACAAAAGGAUUUAAUUAUUUAACAAAUGGCAUUCUGUAAAUUCUGACAAUCUGUCUCACAAUUGUAUAACAUCCAUGUAACAAAUGCAGUUAUGUGUAAAGCUACUUACAGAAUGAAUUAUGUACAAAAAAACUUGGACAGAAUAUAUACUGGUGUAAAUAACUAGUACAUGCCAAGCUGGAUUUCAUUGACAAAAUAAAUGCUAAAGCAAGA